UACGGCUCAGUGCAGGGCACCAUCUACGACUACGGGGCCCUGACCAUCGACGGGGACGAGUAUGUCCCCUUUAGGAAGUACGCGGGGAAGAUGGUGCUCUUUGUCAACGUGGCCACGUACUGAGGCCUCACCCUGCAGUACCUCGAACUGAAUGCACUACAAAAUGAGCUGGGACCCUACGGGCUCGUCGUCCUGGGCUUCCCCUCCAACCAAUUUGGGAAGCAGGAACCCGGCCAGAACUCGGAGAUCCUCCCUGCGCUGAAGUACGUCCGGCCAGGGGGUGGCUUUGUCCCCAACUUCCAGCUCUUCCAGAAAGGGGAUGUGAAUGGGGCCAAGGAGCAGAAGUUCUACACCUUCCUGAAGAACGCCUGUCCCCCGGUGGCGGAAGAGUUUGGGAACCCCAAGAACCUCUUCUGGGAGCCCCUGCGGAACCACGACAUCAAGUGGAACUUUGAGAAGUUCCUGGUGGGCCCCGACGGUGUGCCCGUCAUGCGCUGGUACCACCGCGCCAACAUCGCCGUUGUGAAGAACGACAUCAUUGCCUACAUGAGACAGCAGCAGCAGCAGCAGGGCCAGUAG